AAUUCCCUGGUCUCAUUUAGGUCAACGUCACUCAGAUUAGUGUAUUUAUUUUUAUUUUCAAAAUUUAGCAUAGUACACGGUCAUUCGCGACGAAGAACCAAGUAAAGCUAGAAAGAUUUUCUCAGAUAUUUCGAAGGUGCAAAUAUUAUCUACGGUGUCACUUGCCUGAUCUAAAGCCCUACCUGCCCUAACUGAUAGUAGCGCCGAUCUGCACAUUUUGUCAUUGACGUUGCGCCCAGGCAGAUCAGUUGUUGUCCACGGGAGUAAAGCUGGCUAUGAAUUAGUAGCUAUUGGGACACCAACGUAGCUAACGUUGGUCAGCUAAUUAGCCAAUGCUCGAAGAGAAAGCAGGGAGUAUUCAGGAGUCUACACCAAGAGCUCUGGAGAAACGGGUGAAAUAGCUAGCUAAAUGCCUUUACGCUGAAAAUGGGUGAUGACGUUUGUAAAUAACUAGAACAAGCUGGCCAGAGUAGCUAGCUAGCUUAGCAGUUUGCCAACACAACUGUCAAAGCCAGCUAGAUAGGGAUUUAUUUGCUACCACUAGCUAACUGAUUGUCCAUUGCUAAUGUUAUAGCAAUAACCUUAGUUAAUAGCUAGCCCGUGUCAACGCAUAUGCUGAUAGUGAGUUAGCUAGUUGGCUAUUUAGCUAGCUAGCUAUUAUGACAGUCGACACCUUGAUAGCUAGCUAGCUAGCGCCUGGAAAUCGAACGAGAGGGCUCUUCAAUAAGAUAGCUAGCUUGUUAACUAACCUAAAUUGGCUACGGUCAUUCAAUUAUCCAAAUCGAAUAGCUAGCUAGGCGUUCUUGUGGAUAGGUAUUGGUUGCAAACCAAUCGGCACUUGGCUUUCACCACCGGAAAAUGAAGAAGUUCUUCGAUUCGCGCCGGGAACUUGCGAGUUCCGGGCCUGGUUCUGGAGCAGGUGGCAUUGGGUCGAGCAGCAGCGGUGGCAGUUUUAUUGGACGGGUUUUCACCAUUGGACGGUAUCAAGUGACCGUUGAUGAAACUGUUGCUGAAGGAGGCUUUGCCAUUGUGUUCCUGGUGCGGACCAACCAGGGGGUGCGCUGUGCUCUGAAGAGGAUGUACGUCAACAACGAGCACGACCUGCAGGUCUGCGAGCUGGAGAUCCAGAUCAUGAGGGACCUCGUGGGCCACAGGAACAUUGUGGGUUUCCUGGACUCCAGUAUAACUGCAGUGGGAGCAGGAGAUGUCUGGGAGGUCCUCAUCCUCAUGGACUUCUGUCGUGGUGGUCAGGUGGUGAACCUGAUGAAUCAGCGUCUGCAGACAGGCUUCACUGAGCCAGAGGUGCUGCAGAUCUUCUGUGACACCUGCGAGGCCGUGGCCCGACUCCACCAGUGCAAGACGCCAAUCAUCCAUCGAGACCUCAAGGUGGAGAAUAUCCUGCUCCAUGACCGGGGACACUAUGUGUUGUGUGACUUUGGCAGUGCCACCAACCGCUUCCAGAACCCUCAGACAGAGGGUGUUCCACUGGUGGAGGAGGAAAUCAAGAAGUACACUACUCUGUCAUACCGAGCCCCAGAGAUGAUCAACCUCUAUAAUGGCACGGUCAUCACUACAAAGGCAGACAUCUGGGCUAUGGGAUGCCUGCUGUAUAAGCUGUGCUACUUCACCCUGCCGUUUGGGGAGAGCCAGGUGGCUAUCUGUGAUGGCAGCUUCACUAUUCCAGACAACUCUCGCUACUCUCCGGACAUGCACUGCCUCAUCAGAUACAUGCUGGAGCCUGACCCUGAGAAGAGACCAGAUAUCUACCAAGUGUCCUACUUCUCCUUCAGGCUUGCCGGGAUAGAAUGCCCCAUCCGGAACGUACAUAACUCCCCUAUUCUUACAAAACUCCCCGAACCAAUCAGAGCCAGCGAAGCUGUGGCCAGAAAAAGUCAAUCCAAAGCCAGGCUCACAGACCCUGUCCCCACAAUGGAGACCUCCAUCGCACCCCGUUCACGCCCCAAAGCUGGAGGGACCCAGCCCAUUGGCAUCCUGCCCAUCCAGCCAGCCCUCACCCCACGCAAGAGACCCAACGUGGCUGCAGGAGGGCCCCAGCCCAUAGGUGUUUUAUCCGCCGCCCAGCCUGCUGCUGCUGUCCAAUCGGUUCAUCAGGCACCUACUGCACAGGCCACAUCCCCACUGGCUCAGACCACCUCUUCGCAACCCAUGGCCACGCCCCAGCACCAGCAGGGUCUCUUCAUGAAGCAGCAGGCAGCAGCCUUUUUCAGCCCACAUCAGCAAGUCAACCAGCAUCAGCUGGUGCAGACCCUCUACAAACGGCAGCAGCCUCCCAUGCCGGCCCCCCAGAGCUCUGUGGCUGUGCAGCCCAAAGCUAAUCCUGUUGCUCCUCUGCAGCCACCAGCCGGCCCUGUGCCCCCCUCCCCCCAAACAGCAGCUCCCCCUCAGCCUGCAGCCACAGGACCUGCUGCACCUGAUUCCAACUCUGACUGUGACUCUGAGCCCACGCCUCUGGCAUCUGGCCGUGGGCUCCACAAGGUUGGCUCCCUGACACCCCCCUCCUCCCCAAAGAUGGGCCCCCGGGGUGGCCACAGGCGCAUACUGAGCGAUGUCACCCACAGUGCUGUGUUUGGGGUCCCAGUCAGCAGGUCCACCCAGCUACUGCAGGCGGCUGCAGCCGAGGCCAGCCUCAACAAGUCCAAGUCAGCCAGCACCACCCCCUCUGGCUCCCCCUGCUCCUCCCAGCAGAGUGUGAACCAGCCAGGUGAGGGCGGUGCCCAGACAGCUCCCUUUGCACCGUCUGGCAGCUGGAACCCGUUUGGUGACGACAACUUCUCCAAGCUCACUGCUGAGGAGCUACUCAACAAGGAUUUUACCAAGCUGGUCGAGACUACAACAGGGGAGAGGGCCAGCCUCUCCACAGAGAACCUCAUUCCAGGUCUGCAGCCUGUCUCUGCUGCUGGUGCUACAGGCAAGGCUUUCCCAGCUGAGAGAUCUGCUGACAUCCUGAGUUUGGAUGCAGGCUCAGAGAUGUUGAGUGGCCCGGACCCCUUUAAAACACACUCCCUCUCUGACACCCCAGAGAAGCUGAUUGAGGGACUGAAGUCCCCUGAGACUUGUCUGCUGCUCCCUGACCUUUUGCCCCUGGCUGACCCCUUCAGCAGCUGUGGAGAGGGCAACAGCAAUGCUGCAGCUAAGGCUGAUACGAAUGUGGACUCUCUGAUCCUGGGUCUGGACACAGCCUCCGCCAGCCUGCCAGACCCUCUAGCAGGGGAGGACUCUCUGCUGGGCUGCUCUCUGCUCUCUCACACCUCCACCCCUGGGGUUCAAACUGUCUGUGUACCUCCAUCCUCCUGCUCCUCUGCCUCCUGUCUGGAUGAGCUGGCUUCUAUCUCAUUUGGCACUGCCCAAGCACCUGCUGACUCUGCUUACCUCAUGUCGGGCUUCCAGCCACCCGAGGCUGGGGAGAAGGGCACUGAGGACGAGUUUGACCCCAUCCCUGUGCUCAUCUCCAAAAACUCCAACAACCAAGAGCUGAAAGGGGUGAGUAAUGGUUACGCUGUGCUGGACGAGGGGGGUUCUGAAAUUGAGCUGCCUGGAGAAGGUCACAGAGCAAACGAAGGCUGUAUCCACUCCAGCGAUGAUGAGGAGGAAGAUGAGAGAGUGAAGGAGGAACAGGGCAGGAGGGCCAGUGAGAGUGACGUGGUUCAUGACUGCAGUGGCUCCAGACCUUUGCUGCUGGAUUCAGAUGAAGAGGAGGCGCAGGGGUCUGAAUUACUCCUCCCAUCCUCCCAGCCAUCCCUAUCACACCCACAACUCUCCACUUCCUCCCACCAACCUACCCCAUCCCUCUGUGCCCCAUCCCUGAAUCAUUCCCACCAGAUGCCACAGCAAGCCAGGGUGGUUAAGGUUGUCCCUGAUGUCUUCUUCAAAUCCCCCUUCAGGAUUGAACAAGAGGAGGCAGGCGACGUGUUCGCAAAUGCCCCCUUCCAACGUCCCCCUGUUGUGGCUCAACAGCAUCCAGACGUCUUCCUGCAGGCCCCCUUUGUGAAGCCCAAGACCCAGCACCUUCACCCAGCUGUGGUUCACCCUGUGGCCCCUGAACCAGCCCUCUUGAGCCAGGUGGCCACACAGCCUUUCCGCCCACAGGCCCUGGCUAAGUACUCCCGACACUUUGAGGGCCCCUUGCCUCACCAACCUGUGACAGCUCAGAGGGUGGUGUCCAAUGUGAGCAGGCAAGCUGCUGUGGGCCCCUUAAACUCCUGGACUUCAGAGGUGAACUCAGUAGACCCCUUUGUCUCUGCGCCCUUUCACAUCAAGGCCCCACAAGAAAAGCCCUGAAAGAUCCCAUCCUUCCCUACAGGGAAGCGGAGCCAGCAUUGGAGCCCACACCUGUGCACACUACACUAAGGCAUACACACUGCAUGCUGUCACCUGCACCGGGGCUGGACUGCAAGGCAGCAUAGAACUCUUAAGAUCUUGUCCUUACAAACUUCGAUCAUUCUAGAUAUUGAGCAAGGUCAUCAAUGUGUUUUUUUGCUGCAGUAGAAUUGAGGUGGGUCCUCAUUUAUAAAUGCUGUGUAUACACAAAAUAUGCCACAAAACAUGCAUGCAGCAGUUUAAGAAAAAGUUGUCAUUUAUAAAAACUGGACUUGACGUGAGAAUGUGAUUAUCCUGCCUCCAUGCGUAUGCAGUUUCAAGUGGUUGAAUUUUUGCAAUGCAAUUAAGUAGCAUAGUAGCCUUGUGCAUGAAUACAGUGGCCUUCAGAAAGUAUUCAUACCCCUUGACUUAUUCCACAUUUAGUGAAUUAUGUGAAGCCUGAAUUCUAAAUGGAUGUUUACCCAUCUACACACAAGAACCUAUGACAGUGAAAACAUGUUUAUAGAAAUGUUGCUCAUUUAUUGAAAAUUAAAUACAGAAAUCUCAUUUACAUAAGUAUUCACACCCCUGAGUCAAUACAUGUUAUAAUCACCUUUGGCAGUGAUUACAGCUGUGAGUCUUUAUUAGUAAGUCUAAGAGCAUUGCACACCGUAAAUGUACAGUAUUUGCACAUUAUAUUGUUUGGUGAUCAUUGCUAGACAGACAUUUUAAGUCUUGCCAUAGAUUUUCAAGCUGAUUUAAGUCAAAACUAACUAGGCCACUCGGGAACAUUCAGUGUUGUCUUGGCCUUCUGAAAGGUGAAUUUGUCUGUUGGAAAGCAGACUGAGUCAGCUUUUCCUCUAGGAUUUUGCCUGCGCUUACCUCUAGUAUAAUUUUAUUCCCUAAAACUCCCUAGUCCUUGCCAAUGACGAGCAUACCCAUCAUGAUGCAGCCACCACCAUGCUUGAAAAUAUAGUCAUACUCAGAUGUGUUGUGUUGGAUUUUCCUCAAAUAUAACGCUUUGUAUUCAGGAUAUAAAGUAAAUUUCUUUGCCACAUUUUUGGCAGUUUCUUGCAAACAGGAUGCAUGUUUUGGAAUAUUUUUAUUCUGUACAGGCUUUUGUCAUUUAGGUUAGUCUUGUGGAGUAACUACAAUGUUGAUCCACCAUGCUCAAAGGGAUAUUCAAUGCUUGUUUAUUUUGACCCAUCUACCAAUAGGUGCCUUGCUUUGCGAGGGAUUUUAAAACCUCCCUGGUCUUUGUGGUUGAAUAUGUGUUUGAAAUUCACUGCUCAACUGAGGGACUUUACACUUAUCUGUAUGUGUAGUGUACAGAGAUGAGAUGGUCACUAAAAAAAUCCUGUUAAACUAUUGCACAGUGUGAGUCCAUGGAACUUGUGACUUAAGACUAUUUUUAUUUAGGUUGCCAUAAAAGAGAUGACUCGACAUUUCAGCUUUUCAUUUUUUUCUUAAUUUUUUAACAUUUCUAAAAACAUAAUUCAACUUUCACAUUAUGGGGUAUUGUGAGUAGCCCAGUGAGACAAUCUCAAUUUAAUUAAUUUUAAGUUCAGGCUGUAAAAUAAAAUAGCCAAAUGUGGAAAAAUUCAAGGGGUGUGAAUACUGAAUUCUGAAGCCACUGUAUAUAAUAAUACUCAAAUUCAUAACAAAAACAGGUAGCUAAAUAUAACAAGAUACAGUAAUUUGUCAUUAGUGAGAUGAGCAAAAAUCUACUUAUUUUCUUUGCAUUCUAAAAUAAUUAGAAAAGUCAUUUUUCAUUUCCAUGACCAUUUCAUAAUUAAUUCCUCACCUUUUCUGACUAAUGGCUUCAUAUUCACAAAAUUGCCUAAAGCAAGUUAUUAUAGGCUCCAAUUUAGCCCAUUUCUCAAUUAAUUAAACCCACUUUACAAUAGUAAAUAGAUUAGCUAUUUCAAGUAUUUUGCUCUAUGCAAUCCGACGUGAAGCUCAGUUUAACGGUAGAAGAGACGGUUCCUUUUCCAUUAACGUUUGUAGGCUACCUCUGAAUACUGUGCUGUCAAAUUUCUCAGGUAGACAAUAUUUCAUUUAUAAACAUGCAUACACAGAGUACACGAAACAUUAAGAACACCUUCCUAAUAUUAAGUUGCACCCCCCUUUUUGCCCUCAGAACAGCCUCAUUUCGUCGGGGCAUGGUCUCUACAAGGUGUCGAAAGCAUUCCACAAGAAUGCUUCCCACAGUUGUCAAGUUGGCUGGAUGUUAUUUGGGUGGUGGACCAUUCUUGAUACACACGGGAAACUUGAGUGUGAAACCCAGAAGCGUUGCAGUUCUUGACACAUUGGUGCACCUGGGCUGGCACCUACUACCAUACCCCGUUAAGAGGCAUUUAACUCUUUUUGUCUUGCCCAUUCACCCUCUGAAUGGCACACAUACAAACCAUGUCUCAAAUCCAUCUUUAACGCGUCUCCUCCCCUUCAGCUACACUGAUAGAAGUAAAUGUAAUAAAUGACAUCAAUAAGGAUUAUAGCUUUUACCUGAAAUUCACCUGAUCAGUCUGUAAUGGAAAGAGCAGGUGUUCUUAAUGUUUUGUACACUCGGUGUAUAGGCUUAUCAUAAUCAUUGCAGAAUACAUUCCUUACCUUUUCUGUCCAAGUUGAGUUCAUAUUUCUGACACAGCCAUACAAUAAAUGCAUUUAAACGCAGUUUUACACAAUUCCUGACAUUUAAUCCUAGUAAAAAAAUCCCUGUCUUAGGUCAGUUAGGAUGACCACUUUUAUUUAAAAAAUGUGAAAUGUCAGAAUAGUAGAGAAUUAUUUAUUUCAGCUUUUAUUUAUUUCAUCAUAUUCCCAGUGGGUCAGAAGUUUACAUAGACUCUAUUAGUAUUUGGUAGCAUUGCCUUUAAAUUGUUGAACUUGGGUCAAACGUUUUGGGUAGUCUUCCCACAAUAAAUUGGAUGAAUUUUGGCCCAUUCCUCCUGACGGAGCUGAGUCAGGUUUGUAGGCCUCCUUGCUCGCACACACCUUUUCAGUUCGGCCCGCACAUUUUCUAUAGUAUUGAGGUCAGGGCUUUGUGAUGGCCACUCCAAUGCCUUGACUUUGCUGUCCUUAAGCCAUUUUGCCACAACUUUGGAAGUCUGCUUGUGGUCAUUGUCCAUUUGGGAGACCCAUUUGCGACCAAGCUUUAAAUUCCCGACUGAUGUCUUGAGAUGUUGCUUCGAUUUUAUCCACAUAAUUUUCCUCCCUCAUAAUGCAAUCUAUUUUGUGAAAUGAUACAGACCAUGUCUCUUUCCUGAGCGGUAUGACCGAUGCGUGGUCCCAUUGUGUUUAUACUUGUGUACUAUUGUUUGUACAGAUGAACGUGGUACCUUCAGGCGUUCGGAAAAUUCUCCCAAGAAUGAAUCAGACUUGUGGAAGUCUUUUUUUUCUUCUGUCUUUCUGAUGUCUGUGCAAAAAAAUACAGCCACAGGUACACCUCCAAUUGACUCAAAUGAUUUCAGAAGCUUCUAAAGCCAUGACAUUAUUUUCUGUAAUUUUCAAAGCUGUUUAAAGGCACAGUCAACUUGGUGUAUAUACAUUUCUAACCCACUGGAAUUGUGAUAGUGAAAUAAUCUGUCUGUAAACAAUUGUUGGAAAAAUUCCUUGUGUCAUGUACAAAGUAGAUGUCCUAACCGAUUUGCCAAAACUAUUAGAAAUUUGUGGAGUGGUUGGAAAAACAAGUUUUUAAUGACUCCAACCUAAGUUUAUGUAAACUUCCGACUUCAACUGUAUACUGCAUAUCCCGUUCUGGGCUCAACCGCUCAGAUUUGACCCUCUGCUCUUAUACUUAGUCCAUUCCCCAUUGCUCUGAGAUGCCCAGUAAGAAUUCCCAUGACAGCUCUGGUCUCAGGGUGAUGAGAGGAAGGCCUCCUUUAGUGGUUCCUCUGUGUCUUUACUUCCAAAAUAUCAGAAGUAUAUCUGAUGAGCAUUUUAGCCCAUUGAGUGAUGUACACUUUUUUUACUAGGUAGGUUAAAUGUACCUCUAGCAGUGCGGUCAUAUUUGAUAAUGUAUUAUAAUGUUAAUCAGAUGCUGGAUUGUUUGAGUUUUAGCCUUUUUUUUUAUCCUUCACUGAUUGCUAUCUUAGUCACUGUUAGUUGUUUUACAUGGUCACGUGACUGUCAGUGCUACAAAAGUCAGCCUUAUGUAUCUACAUGCAGGGCAUACAGUACAGAACAUACCUUAGAGGUGAAAGGUCAGAGUUUCUCCUUACGCUUGUCCUUUCUUGUGGGUGCCUCUGCUGUAUUUGUUUGUUGGUUUACUUUAAUUUUGGACUGAGCAGGUUGCUAAUGCUGUAGAAGUGAAGCCUUAAGUCCUCCACUCUCACAAUCAGCACUAUCGGCAAAGUCACUCACAAUCAGCACUAUCGGCAAAGUCACUCCCAAUCAGCACCUCUGCUUCACUCCCAAUCAGCACCUCUGCUACACUCCCAAUCAGCAUCUAAUGCUACGUUCACUGGAACUCUAUACAUUCACAAUCAUGUUCUCAAUCCGCACUUCUACAUUAUACCUGCACUUGAGUCACCGAUUCAAGAUUUGUAAAUGUGAUGUAGUUAAGCCUUGUUCACACUGCAGGACUUAAUGCUCAAAUCGUUUUGGAAUACUGUUUUGGAAUACGGACUGUCCAAACAGCAAGUUACAAGUGACCAUGUGUUCAGAUAAGUCAUUUCCUGACAUGGCUAUGCAAGUGUGUGAGUGCACAGUGUUAUAGGGUGAUUGGUGGUGCUCGUGCUUCUAUCACUCAGAAGUUAUGUAGCAAGCUAAGGUGACAACAAUAGAUGCAGUAAAGAGAUCAAUAGAAUUUGACCAAAACAAUGGAAAACGCGUAGGGGGGAUGCCGUGGGGGAAAGAUCCCACACUUUAUUUGAUUUAUUAGGAUCCCCCUUAGCCGACGCCAAUGGCAACACCUAGUCUUACUGGGGUCUGACACAACGAAAAAGCCAUUAAAAUGUACAUACAUUUAAAAACAUUAACAUGUAGUGUAUCAGUUACACACAUGUCAGUACAUACACACAAGUAGAAUCACCUCAUUUACUGCAUGUAAGCCUGCCAUUAACAUUUCCCGUUGCUUUGAAUGUUAAUCAUAAUGUAGGAAUACUUUUAGAGCUGCAAAGGAUAUAAGAUGAACCAACUUUCAAAACAAGUCCUUUUUGGCUAUCCACAGCAGUCAGCUAGGUAGCAGUUUAGCGUUCUAGUACAUUCACUCAUUUGUUUGUAAACAACAAGCUAGUUAGCUACCACAUUCUUGUCAUGUCAACAGUAGCUAGCAAGAAACAAGAUAUGCCAAAUAACAGUAAAAACCACUUGAUGACAAAUUAGAUUUGACCGUUCUGACUUAAUUCGCAUGGACAGGAAUCAGAUUUGUAUCUGAUUUCAAACCACCUACAAAGGUGUUUUCAAAUGUGGCUUGAAAUAUGAUUCCAUGUGCUUUUUGGCUGUUCAGACUGCAGGAAAAAUAAAAGAUUAGACUUGGAUAUGCUGAAAAAUAAGAUUUGAGUCAUUUCAAACUACCAGUGUGAACAAGGCUUUAGUUUAGACCGAUGGCACCUCACACUAUUUAUACCUUUAAGAAUCAGCACCCCCUAGCAGAACAUACCAGAAUAACUACAACCCUUGUCAAGCACCUCAAGCAAAACACAGUUGAACUGUAACUUUCACUUGUGGCGUCAGACACCUGCCUACACAUGCUCAGAAUACACAUCCAAGUAAAUGGUCAACACAUGCUUUCAUCAUGCUCUUCUACACCAGAUUUUGCAUUCCUUCUGUUUUUGUUUUCUCCAUAGCCAUAUGAAAUGCUGAUAUGGUCUUCUGCUGACUAUUCAAUAACCUUGAAGCACUUUUCAAUGUUUGCUAUCCACGACUCUGCAUAUUACCUGGUCAUGGUGGGGACCAAUAGAGGUUUUAAACUACUUGAUCCAAAGUAAGAACCGCUGUCUUAAAAUUAGUUGUUAAUUAUUUGUUUUAUUACUUUGUACAACACUUGUAUAUGUUUGUUAAUCUGCAGUGCAAAUGAAGAAUGCACACUGCAUCAGCAGUAAUAAUUUACUCGACAAUAGUUUAUUUUAGCAACUAUAGUAUUUACACAGUAGCUUUGAUAGGAAUUAGCUUGCAAAAAAACAAAUAGUGUGCCAGAAGUUAGAUUGUAAUUUACUCUGCCAAUUGUCCAUUGUGCAACAACAAAAAACCAACAUCUAAUAGAACAUACAUUUAAAGACUUUCCAAACGUGGGUAUGUUGUAGUAGACCCGCUUACCUCAUGUCAAAAUAUAAUUCCUGCAAGUGCACCGCCACACUUGCACACAAAAAUAGCAUGAACUUGUGGGCAACUUUUUAUUUUGACAUGAGGUAAGCAGAGAGGAACUGACCUCCAAUGAACUGCACGGAUCUACAAAGACCCACGUUUGGAAAUGCUUUUUAAUUAUACGUUAAAUUCAUGUUCUUUAAUUCCCCCUGCAUAAAGACUAUGCCUACAGACAAUCGACAGAGUAAGUUGAAAUUGAAUUUUAUUUAACUUCUGUCUUCCGGCUGACUAACAUUUGUUUGCCAGCUAAUUGCUAUUGUGUGAAGUUUAGUUGUUAUAAUCGUUCUUUUGUAUGUCAAUUCCUGAACAUAAUAUCAAGUCUUUGACUGUCUUUGAUUUAUGACUGACUUGUAUAGGAAAGAACAGUGGCUGAUUUAUACAGCAAGCCUCACCUGCUGAAACCUAAAAGCACCCAUAUCAAAAUACUUGUCAUGCAAAGCUUGCAUUUGAUGAACACGAAUUUGUUGUAUGUCCUUCUGUAAAGAUAAAUAAAUUAAUGCAAAGCAAGUCA